CAGUCGAGCAAUAAUUUUAAUGGCAAAUGUUGUAGGGCUCAACAUGCGGCUUCCUACGGAGAUUUUCUGUACAGUUCUGCUUUUAAUUUUUACGAACCACUCAAACGCAGAUAUUCCAGACUGCAACUACUACGACACGGUCGAUAUCUCAAAUGUUGAAAGACAAAACGAUUCGUAUUUAUACGAUGAUAUCCGAAUUCCUGCCAGCCUCACUGGAGACUACGAGUACAAGCAGUAUCGCGACCUAUCGAGAGAGCCGGUUAAAAAGCAUUUAAGGGCCUGCGUCUGCAGCCUGCGGCCCUGCAUUCGAAUCUGCUGCCCAGCCAAGUACAUUUUGGCCAACGGAAAAUGCGGUGAUGGUCUCCAGGAGGAGCUCGCCCGGUACGAAUCCUAUAUAUACCUCACAUCCAUGAACCUAACGAUAGAUGAACGAGUACCACUCACCGAGAUGACGAUCAUCAGAGAUCACUUCUUGGCUUGUGAUGAAAUGAUGCACCUCACGGAUGAAUAUGACUACUUGGAGGAUGGAACGCUCCGUAUCUCCGAUGAUCGGUACAUUGAAAAACAAGAGUACUGCCUGUAUCCAUAUCAGUUUAAUUCGGACUUUCCAAAGUCCAUGUGGAUAGUAGUGCAUCGCUGCACAACUUACUUAACUCCCGGAUCCAAUGAAAUCCUAACGAUAUCACUGAUAUGCUAUAUUCUGACAAUCGCCGUAUAUCUAUACAUCACGAAGCUGCGUAAUGUGACUGGCAAGUGCAUUAUAUCCAGCAUCAUUUCAAGGUUUAUCCAGUUUUUGAUCUGGUUACUAGAUAAUAUUGGGGUAUUGAACGGCAUCUGCUCUCCGGCUGGUUACAGCUUGUACUUUUUCAGGUUGGCUUCCAAUAUCUGGCUCUUCGUCGUCAGCUACCAUGUGUGGAAACGCUUGACGUCGCUCAGUCGAGACGAUCCUACUUGUCGGUUCCAGCUGUACAGUGCCUUCGUCUGGACUACAGCCGCUUUAAUGACAGGAAUUAAUUAUAUGGUUAAUCUGAUGUGGGAAAACGAUCUCAGUAAGUGGAACUGGCUGCCUUUGGUCGGUUUCAUUAAAUGCUCGGUCAAAGAAACAGAAUCCGGCUGGGUGUACAUAAGUGGACCGUCGCUGGUUCUAAGCACUUUCAAUGUCGCAAUGUUCACAAUGGCAGCCAUUUACAUCCGGAAAGUAAAAGGGGACAUAAAGAAGUUCGCAUACGAGGAGGAGGAGGAGGAGGGCAGGAUAGGCUGCAUCAACUUCGACAGCCAGACCUACCUGCGGUUUCUGCGACUGUCCGUCGUGAUGGGCCUAACUUGGACCUUAAAUGACAUUCCGCAAUCUGCGAGGUUGAACAUCGUCUGGCGGCGGAUCAUGAAUAUAACCGACUAUUAUCACUGCGCGUUUGGAAUAGUCAUUUUCAUUCUGCUUGUGCUGAAGCGCAGUACAUUGACUCUAUUAAUGGAGUCUUAG